CAUGCGUUCAUGCUGUCUCUAGAGCAUGCAAGCUCAACACACAGCGGGUUCUUUACCUCGCGAUUCGGCCGCUCGUGCGGUACAAUAUUGCACGUAAAAGCACGAAGGAGAGUGAAACAUGAGGCGCUGCAGAAGGGUCAGAGCAUGUCUGACAGCCCAUUCGCUCGGAUGCGAAAGUUGUUGGGAAUAGCACGACACCUUUCAACCUUGAACAGGUGCUGUUCUGCGACCUUUAACGCCAUAGUAGGCAUGCGUUGGAUUGAGAAGGCCGGAAUACAAUGUAAUGGUGCACUACGAAAUCCUGCUUAGUGCUGAGACUAUGAUGCUGGCUUGCUCGUUGACCUCGAAAGCAAGGCCAUCCUUAUGAUGAAAGGUUGCUGAUUGGCGGCACAAUCGGCUUUGCAAGACUACCCGUAGGCUUUUGUCGGAGAAAGAGCCCGUCCUCCUUUGCGAGUUGUUUGACUACUUUGCUAGGUGGAACAAAAAGAUAUCCAU